AUGUCUCAGAGGACAAUUUUUCUUGUGGGGGCUCCUCUUCCCAGCAGUCUGGACUGGGACCAUGAUGAGCUUCUCAACACACCUAUACCCCCAUUCUGUGACGCAAACAAUAGCACAGCAUACGAUCCAGCAUAUGAACCAUGUUUGGAUCAGAAAGUCAUUAAAUGGAGAGCUCUUCAACCUCUAUCAUCCGAUACCCAGCUCAUUAACGCUGAUAGUGCAUCAAGCGACGAGGAUGAUUCAGCCUUGUCUCAAUUCUACGACCAUUCGUUUGCUGUUCAUGAAACAUCCCAGAUUAACGCCUCUGGGCUACGAGAAGAGAACCCGACACAAAGUAGCUCAGGGUUGGACGACCUCAUGAUCACUGAUACAUCAGACAAAGACGUGUCUGAAUCACCACCUAUCCAGAUCCGUGGUCCUUUGAAAGAUCUAGGUGAUAUUCCCACGGCCAAAUACUUGCAGUCGAUUGUACCACAGACCAUGACGGUUAACCUAGUGGUCGGGAUCAUUGCAAUUCACCCACCCCGACGCGUGGUGACACGGCAAUGGAAGAAAGAACUUGACAUUAUUGAAUUGGUGGUUGGUGAUGAGACACGGGCCGGAUUCGGAGUCAACUUUUGGCUGCCCGCUCCAACAGAUCGACCAGGUGCCAAGGCUCGGGAGAUCGAUUGGCUUGCUAGCUCUCUGGCCAGUCUUCGUCCUCAAGACAUUGUUCUUUUGCGGACGGUUGGACUUGGCUCAUUUCGGGAUCAAGUGUACGGCCAGAGCCUACGCGGCGGAAUGACCCAAGUCGACCUUCUGUACCGACCAACGGAUGCGGGAAGAUCCUCGAAAGUCAUACCACCGAGUCACGGUAUUGACGACGAUCUGCCGCAGAAGGUUCGCAAAGUACGGGAAUGGAUACUUCGAUUUGUGGGGACGGAUGAAGUAGGCGGUAGCCCUCGAGGAAUGUUAGAGACACAACGUGGCCAUCGUCAACUGCCUCCGGAUACGCAAUAA